GUUAGUUUUCCCCUGUCAGCAUGACAAAUCAAUAAAAAUAUUAAUAAAAAAUCAUUUAAUCAUCUGAAUUAACCCGUACAACCAUAACCAGUUCACUAGCUCUGUAACACCUGCGAUACCCAGCCCUUCGUCUCUCAUACCCUUCAUCCCUUUGAGCUCUUACCGCUGUGGUUUCUCUCCUUCGGAUACAUCCAGGGGAUCAUCUAUACCAUCUAGGCCAUCAACAAAUGAUCCGUCUCCAACUCCGACCGGUCAGAUGUAGUCAGAGAACGAUCCGCGCAGGAGUACAUGCGGGCGGUGGAGGAGGAGCUCGGUGAGCUUCUGGAAGAAACCCAAAAUCAAUUGAAGUGGACCUCGCCUCUCUCGCGAUUGAAGCAGAGAAGAGGAGUGGAGCAGAGGCGGCGAUUGGGAUUGGGAGAGAGAAACCACGGCGGGCGGUCGGAGGAAUGAAGGGGUGGUUAUUAGUAUACGGUCGGGUGGUUACUGAGUUAGUAAACCGGUUAGGGUCGUACGGGGUAAUUUGGAUGAUUAAGUGAAAUUAUUUAUUAAAAUUUUUAAUGAUAUGUUAUGCUGACUAGCAAGGUUGUCAACCCGCGGGUUGACUCGGACCCG